AUCCAUCUUCUUUUGUAUUCAAGAGCUGACAGACACAGACAGACAUAAAUAAACCCCUCUAGCCACAAUCAUACAUGAUGAUGAUGGUGAACUGAAUCUACUAUUUGGGGCUGUGUGCUCAGUUUUAUUAUCCAUCAACAACCUCUCUCGCUCAGCAUUUAGAAGGAGAGAGAUUUACAAGGAGAGAGAUUUCCAUUAUUCACCCCACAUAUUUACAAAUUUUAACUCCACCAGCCCCCCUUCUCACUUGUCUGCAAUUUAUUCAGGUCCUUUUCAUUUUGCAUUAAGGCCUGGCUAGCUGUGCUGCAUGUAUAUCUGUGAUUUGCACUACUUAAAGCUUUUGUGAAUUUCUUGCACUCAAGGAGAUUAUAUUGUUACUCCAUUUGGGUAGUCAUUAAUGGAAGCUUCUAAUAGUAAAACAACAAGAAAGAGAUCAUCAAGGCUUCUUCUUCUUCUUCAUCUUUAUGUGAUCAUCUUAUACCAAGCAACAUCCACCGCGGAGGCUUCUUCAUCGGGUGGCUUGAAUUACACCAAGUACAGGCAAGUAGGGAGCUUGAGACUGGCCAGGAUUCAAAAGCAUUUGGAUGGUAUCAACAAGCCUCCUGUCUUAACCAUACAGAGCCCGGACGGGGACAUAAUUGAUUGUGUGCCGAAAAGAAAGCAACCGGCUCUAGAUCAUCCUCUGUUAAAGAACCACAAGAUUCAGAGGGUUCGACCAGAAAUGCCGAAAAGUAGUAGUGCAAAUUUUACUGAAGAACGAAUGAGGUUGAAAGGUGCAUGGCAAGCUUGGCAUGAGAAGAGAGAGAGGUGUCCGAGAGGAAGUGUUCCAAUAAGGAGGAGCCACGUGCAUGAUGUUUUGAGAGCCAAUUCUCUGUAUGACUUUGGGAAGAAACGGCGUGCCUUUGCGCCCAUGACGGCCCGGCAUAAGGAGGCUCCCGACGUUGUUAGCGGCAAUGGACACGAGCACGCAAUAGCGUACACCGGAGCAUCGCAGGAGGUGUAUGGGGCUCGGGCAACCAUAAAUGUGUGGGACCCGUCCAUAGAAGUAGUCAACGAGUUUAGUCUAUCUCAGAUCUGGGUGCUCUCCGGUUCUUUCGACGGCUCUGAUCUCAAUAGCAUCGAAGCUGGCUGGCAGGUCAGUCCAGAGCUUUAUGGUGACAGCAGGCCCAGAUUAUUCACGUAUUGGACGAGUGACGCUUAUCAAGCCACUGGAUGUUACAAUCUACUCUGUUCAGGAUUUGUGCAAACGAAUAGCAGAAUAGCCAUUGGAGCUGCCAUUUCUCCUGUGUCUUCCCCUUCCAGCAACCAAUUUGACAUUUCCAUUCUUAUUUGGAAGGAUCCGAAAUUAGGAAACUGGUGGAUGGGGUUCAGCGACAACACGCUGGUUGGAUAUUGGCCUGCAGAACUCUUUACACAUUUAGCAGACAGAGCCACCAUGGUGGAAUGGGGUGGCGAGAUUGUGAAUUCCAGGGCCAAUGGAAAGCACACAUCGACACAAAUGGGGUCGGGUCAUUUUGCAGAAGACGGGUUUGGGAAAGCAAGCUACUUUCGGAACUUAGAAGUGGUGGAUUCAGAUAAUAGUCUUACCUCAGUGCAUGAAAUAUCAACCCUAGCUGAAAAUACUAAUUGUUACAACAUAAAAAGCUCCUAUAAUACUGAAUGGGGGACUCAUUUUUACUAUGGAGGCCCAGGGAACAAUCCCAGAUGCCCAUAAUCCACAUAUUUUCUUUGGCUGUAUAUUUUAAACUUUAGAAUUCAUUUUAUUAUUUUCUUGUUGGGAAAA